UUUGUAAAACCGCAGAGUGCUUGAAGACGUGAUAAGGCUAAAUGCUGCAGUGUCAGCGCCGCGCUCUUUGUUUUCUGGCGCUAUCCUGACCUCGUGUGGACAAAAACAGGUAUAACGGCCACAUUAUGUUAUUCAGAGAGAAUUAGAUGAUCGAGUCCGUGCAGAUUUGUUAAAGCUCCUAUAGACUGCUCACAAUUUCGAUUUGUCAAAAAUAGGAAUUCAUCGAUUUAUUAGCAGGAAGUAUGAACACCGGGAGUUGCAGCCAUAAUUGUAACCUUUUGGCGAUGUGCGCGCGCCCUGCGCCACCCGCCGGUGAUGAUGAUGAUGAUGAUGCUCAUGAUGAUGAUGAUGGUGAUGAUGAUGAUGGGUGGACCGAGCGGAGGUGGACCGGUAGGGCUCAUUUCUUCAUCUGGCUUCAACGCAGCGUCAGUCACCCCGAAUAAGCCCUUGCACCCUGCUACCCCCUCCCUCCUCUCUGCAGCCCUGGCCACAAGACCGGAUCACGAGCCCGCCGAAGCCUGACCCGAUGUGUUAUUUACGCGCCAAACUUCAGCAACUCAUCCACCGGAUAUGGCUGCCGGUCUGAGGAAGCGUGCGCCGGGGGCAGCCCGGGGAGCGGACCCUGCUCCGGCGAGGGAUGCUGGAGGAGGAGGAGGAGGAGGAGGAGGAGGAGAAGAGGUGAUGCGUGCAAGAAGAAGGAGAAGGAGAAGGAGAAGAGGGCUGGGAAUGCAUGCAAAGUGUACGCUGUCUGCGGGGAUGUUUUUACUCCUGCUCCGGUGUUCUUUGGCCGCAGAGGAAAGGAACACCAAUGAUGCCUCUGGCUCGUCAUCUUUAUCAAGCGACCCCGCAGUCCCAGCUGCUCCUGCUCAUGCAUCGGGUGACCAGCGGGUGCCUUUUGCGGUCCCCAACUCAGAGGCUGGCUCAGAAUCUGAGGGGCAAGGUCUAUCGGGCCUACCUGCCUUUUCGUCUGUCUUAACUGUCAUGGCGGAAUCAGUCAAACACCCAGAGAGCCUUGGUCAUAGUCGAACUUCCCCGACACUGUCCACUGAUGUCAACAUCACCCAAUGGCCUUCACACAGUUAUAACCGAGACUCUUCAUCGUCCCCAGUGGCGGAAACGGACAAGUUAACCGCUGGGACAUCCAGAGUGUCUGUGCCCCUUUCUCCCAAAGAGGCCAGACUAGCCCCUUCUAAAUCCGCUGGAGUGACUUCUCCCCCUGGGCCCACUGAGAGGACAUCUCAGGUAACACCUCUGACUGCUCGUCAGGACACCACAACAGCCUCGCUGAAGCUCAGCACCACGAGCCUGGCUGCAAGCAGCACUACAAGAAUGCCCCGCAGUUUGACGCCUUUGCAAAGAGUCACCACCACGCAGUCCACCUCCAUAACCUCGUUGCUGCCUGCGACUGUCUCCUGGAAAACAACAACCACUACAACCAUCAGGGCUCCAUCUACCAGGAGAAUAUUCACACCACCCAUUCUGAGGACAAGCCCUCCGAGAGUAGGCACUCCUGUCGUCAUCUCCCCUUUUACCACCACCACUGAAGCUCCACCUCAGCAAUGCAACAUCACGGAAAGAAUGUGGGUGAGAACAGUUGUGUCCAUCUAUGUGAGGAGGAACAGGCUGGACAGCAUCCAGAGGCAGAAUCUGCGCCGGGGACUCAGUCAAGGCCUUCGGAAAGCUUUGAAUGAUAGCGCAAUCCAAGCACAGGUGGAGACUGUAUUUGGUUCGCCCAACAUGACCGUGGCUUAUCACGUGACUGGAAAAGACAUGGUCUACGUCCCCUCCAUGGUGCUUUCGGGCUUGGAUGCUUAUGGUCGCGAUAAACUGAUUGCAGACCUGCGACAGUACCUCCCCAUGGUUACAGCACUUCCCAUUCCCAUUGCAAUGUGGAGAAGCAGCCCGGCUCCUGGCUUCCAGCUGAAAACAGUUCUCCAGUUUGUGGGAGCUGCCGAUGAUCCGCGCUCAUGUAAAUUUUCCCAAAUGAUGGAAGAGAGGUUGGAGAAGGUUUUUUCCGAAGCAAAGGCCAAAGGGGUCAGUGACAACAGAAAACUUUCUGUACAGAUGCUGAGUGUCACCCAGGCUGCAGGCUCUCCUGCUGUGUCAUUGGUUUACAGUGUGAAAAAUGGGACUGUCUUUCUUAAUGGCACCACUGCUUCAAACCUCCUUGGUCAGCUGUCCUCGGAGCUGGUGGGCUACUUCCUCUUCUACCCGCCGCUUAUCGUCGCUGAACCCCUGGAGUAUCACAACCUAAACACUUCUAUCGCCACCAGAGACUUUUGGGUUAUCACAGUAAUCCAGGAUGUGGACAACGCCAGCCUGGCUGAACUGUACCAAAGCUUUGCCAGUCUGAUGGAGCAGCGGCUCGCCGAGUUGUUUGUGUUGGCAGGCCAGCAGGGCACUCGCUUCAGACGUGCUACCGCUGUAGGCAGCUACACUGUCCAGAUGGUGAGUGUCAGAAGGGUGCCGGGAUUGAAGAAUCCAGCAGAGAUGACCUACUACGUGCAACACAAUGGCAUUCCCUUAGCGGGCACGUCAGCUGCCAAGGUCCUCAACACUGUGGAUUCUCAGACUAUGGCGCUCACCCUGGGCUACUUUGUUCAGCUGCAAGCAGAACCUGUGGUCAAGAACCCUCCAAAUAACCUUUGGAUCAUCGCCGCAGUGUUGGCGCCCAUAGCUGUCGUGACGCUCGUCAUCCUCAUUAUCACAGCUGUGCUGUGCAGAAGGAACAAAAAGGACUAUAAAGCAGAUGCCAUCGGAAACCUCAAUCCACGAGCUAAGAUGGCGUAUCGGAGGGAUGUCAACUACUAUCACCAGCCGGUUCAAGGUUUUGACUACGCGAAGCAGCAUUUGGGGCAGCAGGGAGGAGACGAGGAGACCCUACCUGCUGGUCAAGAUACUUUGAUGUUAUCCCUGAAAAUUCGGGAUGCGCCACUUUCGCUGGAGAAGUCCUUGAAACAUGAGGUCAACAAGGCGAACCUCACCAGUGACAAACACAAAAGCAAGUUGUUGAGUGAGGACGGUUCCGUCAUCAGCAGCGAAUCAGAGCAGCGGAAUUCCGUCCGGGGCUUGGCGGCGCCGAAAGUCACAGCGCAGCAGAAACCGACAAAGGAGGAGACGCGCAAGAGAGACGACCCAUACGACACCUCCUCUGGCUCCCUGCAGCUCAUUUCAAUAAAGCCCAUGACGGCUCAGCUCAACUACUCACAACAUCUUUCCUCCGAGCACGACUCAGCCAUGCUCAACGGAGAGGUGAACUUGGCUCUCAAGCAGCGGUCGGACGUCGAGCACUACAGGAACAAACUGAGGGUCAAGCCCAAGAAGAAGGGCUAUUUCGACAUUCCUCCCAUGGAUAACUGCAGCUACAGUGGCUGGGCCCUCUCACAAAGACAGCAGCGACAUGGCCACGAGAGGGCUGAACCUGACGAGGAGCGAAGUUCCACCUAUGUCAAGUCUCACGUGAGGCACAAUCAGGUAGGGCAGACAUCAUAUCGCAGCAGACAGAGCCUGAACAGUCCAAGUCCUGGAGGAACUGAGAUGGAUUUGCUUGUGAUGAGGGAGAGACCCAGGAAAGGCAUCCGGAACAGUGGCUAUGAUACCGAGCCUGAGUUGAUUGAAGAGACAAACGUCGACCAUUUAAUGGAUCAGAGGGGCUUCGUGUACGGCCGCGGUCUGAAAGGCCAGUCACAGGCGUCCACGCUGAGCUCACAGCCAUCCAUUGAUGAAGUGCGGCAGCAGAUGCACCUGCUCCUGGAGGAGGCAUUCAGCCUGGCCUCGGGGGGGCACUCCACAUCCGGGAGGCACUCCCACCACCGCCGCCCCCCUCCUGAUCAAUACAGCGCCGCUCCAGCUUCACUUCCCUAUGCAGAUGUGGUGACCAGUGCUCCGGGCACUAUAAGCUGCAGUCGCGGAGGACUGCAGUGGAGCCCGUCUUAUGGAGCAGACGUGUAUCAGUGCAGUUUACCCAAACCAGCCUUUCACUUCACCCAGCUGCCUGAUAUGGCAAUUAGCUCUCCUCCUCCUUUACCACCUCGCACUGGACCACCUCCUGGCACCUCCUUAAGACGUUCCAUCUCUGACCUGGGGCCCAAGGGAAGGAGCUCUCAGACAUCUGUCACUGAAAUGCAGAGUCCACAUGACAACAACCCAUAUGGGCCAAGCUCCAGGGCGGCACUUCCAUCCAUCACUAUAGAGCAGCCUGUGUCCAACUACUCAGGAAACCCAAUAACAGCCGUCUAUUCCAUCCCAGCCAGCAGGCCGGGCUACUCGGACUAUUACGUCUCCGCCUCGCCCACCUCCUACCACAGUCCCUCUUGGAUGUCCUAUCCUCCUGAACCGGAAGAUGUGCCGCAUCAGUGGGCAGACUCUCUUCCUUUGCCGGGUUAUGUCGAGGCUUUUCCCCAUCCUCGCUACCCACAGGGGAGCCCCUCCUUACUCCCCCUACAGUACACUCAGGCUCUGGACCAACAGCCUGCCACCCAGAGCACAGCAUCCCAGAAAAGCUUGCAGCAGGUGGGGAAGGAUACGGACAGCAUUCCCCUGAGCAACCUCUCAACUUCUGCACUUGUACACGCUAUAAGGCAAGAGGUGGCCAAGCUGGCAAAGAAGCAGAGUGACAUGUUUGAUUUCUAGUAUGGAUCCCACCCCUUUGUCUCCAGGAGUUAAUGUCACAUUGAUCCACAACAGACUAAUGAAAGCGGAAAUCUUUCAGACUGAUUUUUGAUGUUUGUACUGUAAAAUGACCAGAUCUUAUUAACCCAUUGACUGAUUUAUUUUCUUACACCAGUCAGCUGCUCGCAUAAAGCAACAGAACAUUUGUAGUUUUUUUUUGGAGAGGAAAACCCCACCUCCUGCAAUUGAUAUUCGAAGUGACUGCACACGUCAUUGUAGAUAUGUCAAUAGUACGACCAUACUGUAUGGGUAGGAGAAUGUGCUUAUAUGAAAGGAUGUGAACAGUCAAACUAACCAUUGUUUUUACCAAAAGUACCAAACACUUCCUGACAGCCUGGCCGUGGACCGCAGUGUAUAGAAGCAUGGAAAAUUAUGUUUUAUCCCAUUUGAUGGCGUCAAGCAGAUUUGGUGGCAACGCUGUUGGCCCUUUUUAAACAUCACCAUAUCAUGACCAACCGCCUCAUCAAACUCAACAAUUCCAAUAUGUUUAAAUUAGUCAUCACGAUAGAACCACCAUUAAACCGUUGCUGAGAAAGACAAACAAACAAACGAACCAAAAAAAAAAAAAACAUGAAACCACGACACGCAUUUAGCGAUUCAUCUGAGUGGAAGAGACAGUCAUACUUUGGGAUAAAAGCCUUCACGGGUAAUGCUCAACUCAAUUGUUACUGCAGAAUUGCUGUCUGGGGAUUGUGACUUGGGACUGAGUGCCAAUAAGUGCAUGGAAGUUUAUAGCAGGGAUGCUGCAUAAACAUCCUGGUGCUAGCGAUUGCCUCCUAGCAAUUUAAUAUUGCUAAUAACAUGCAGGGCUAUAUAAAGCAAUGAUGUUAGAAGAACGCGUCGAGUUGUGAGAAGUGAUUUGACUAAAAUGUAUAAUUCACAGCUCCAUUUAUGAUUUUCGCCCACAUAAAAAAUGGUUUGUACUUAUACAUUUUGCUUAGGAAAAUAUUCAUUGAAGUAGUUGCUUGAAUCCCAAAAUUACUUCUACUGAUAAACCAUAGCAGCACUUAAUAUUUAAACUGUACAACAUACAGUCAAGUCAUACUUGUGUACAUCAGCAGUGGACACAGGCUCAUGGUGGAAAUACAGGGAUAUGAUAAUGAAAGGUUUUUAGAUGGUCAUUGACUGAGCUAACAUGAACAUGAGAAAAAACACUCUAAAAUCAAUGUAUUUUUGACUUCCAUGACUGACUUCCUAAUUUCCAAUUAAUCUGCUCAUUGAUUGGAGAGUGAGACAGAGUGAAAGAACUAAUAGCCUACAUGAUCAAACUUAAAUAAAAGUGUUUUUUUUGUUAAUUAUCAGAAGAACAGACUUGGCUGUCUUUGCCUUUCUCCUGCAAAUGUCCUUUUCCACAAUUCAUAACUGGAUUUUCCUCAGCCAGGUGAGAAAGCUUGCCAACUUCCAUUGAGGGGAAAAAAAAGAAUUGUGUGACACAAUUUGUAACAAUACUGAUGUGAUUUUCUUUGCACACGCUUCUCUAACUCGCUCCAGUCCAAGGGCUUACACCAGAUGAUAGUGAAAGGAAAAUUAAAUACAUCACAGUGUUUAUCCGCUUUUUGUCGAAUUAUUGCAUUUUCUCCCUCAUGUGGAAAGAAUGAAGUGUAUGUGUUUGAAAAAAAAAAACCCCAGAAACAUCACCAUCUUUGAGUUAAGUCAGAAAAAUUCUCGGACUGGUGUUCUAUGCCCACUUUGUUUAAGAUCAUCAAACAAAUAAAUAUCAGACAAUAACCCAAGACAACUUACAUUUUUAAAUCUUAAUUUUAUUUAUUAAGAAAACAAAUAUUUAGUUACAUUACACAUUCAUUUAUCUUAAACAUGAAAGAGGGGAAACUAUACAAGAAAAAAAACAUUUGAGAAGGGGCCAAAUACUUGUUCACGGUACUGUAACUGAGACCUUACUGUACAGUGGAAAUAAAAAGUCCCUGUUCAAAUGUCAGGUUUUUGUGCAGAAUUAGACCAAGAUAAAUCAUUUUAAAAGUUUUCCCACCUCUAAUGUAACCUAUAACCUGUACAACUUAAUUGAAUUACAAGAAAAUCUAGGGGAAUCGUAGGGGAAGUAAAAAUAUACAACUGAAAUAAUAUAGUUGCACAAUUGUGCCCACCCGCUUGGAACUGGGAUGUUGAUGUGUUUAGAAUUAACACAUUCAAACUCAUGGUAAAUGAAGUCAGUACACACCUGCCACCAUUUAGUGUCUCUGAUUAAUCCCAAAUAAAGUUCAGUUGUUCUAG